CCGGCCUCCAGAGGCGGGCGCACAAGAUGGCGGCCCCAGGAGCCCCAGGAGCCCCAGAAACCCCGGGGAGGCGGCCACUUGUCAACCUUGGGCUCUAGUUCCGGGCUGGAGUCCGGAAACAGGCUUCGCUCAAGUGGCAGGAAGCUCGAACGGUGCUACUGCGCCUCGUGGGGUGCCAGGCCUGCUUGGUGCUGCCCCGGGGCCCUCUGCCUCCCCGGCCCUGCCCCGGGGCGGAACUGGUGGAAGCCACGUGCACCUUCAUGGCGGCCUCGCAGGUCCAGGGGGAGAAGAUUAGCAUCCAGGCAGGAGAGACGGCCGGGGACGGGGAGCUGCAGGGGAACGACUGUCUGGAAUGCGACAGGCCCCUCCCGCGCUCCUGGAGGCAGAAGUGCGCGUCCUAUGUGCUGGCCCUGCGGCCCUGGAGCUUCAGUGCCUCACUCACCCCGGUAGCCCUGGGCAGUGCCUUGGCCUAUAGAUCCCAGGGCUACCUGGAUCCCAGGCUGUUGGUGGGUUGUGCCGUGGCAGUUCUGGCUGUGCACGGGGCUGGCAAUUUGGUCAACACUUACUAUGACUUUUCCAAGGGCAUUGACCACAAAAAGAGUGAUGACAGGACCCUAGUGGACCGGAUCUUGGAACCCCAGGAUGUUGUCCGGUUUGGAGUCUUCCUCUACACUUUGGGCUGUGUCUGUGCCGCUUGCCUCUACUACCUGUCCCCUCUGAAGCUGGAGCAUUUGGCUCUCAUCUACUUUGGAGGCCUGUCUGGCUCCUUUCUCUACACAGGAGGCAUUGGAUUCAAGUACGUGGCCCUGGGAGACCUGGUCAUCCUCAUCACCUUCGGCCCGCUGGCCGUGGUGUUCGCCUACGCCGUCCAGGUGGGGUCCCUGGCGGUCUUCCCACUGGUCUACGCCGUCCCGCUUGCCCUCAGCACCGAGGCCAUCCUGCACUCCAACAACACCAGGGACAUGGAGUCCGACCGCCAGGCGGGCAUCGUCACGCUGGCCAUCCUCAUCGGGCCCACCCUCUCCUACGUGCUCUACAACACGCUGCUCUUCCUGCCCUACCUGGUCUUCAGCAUCCUGGCCACGCACUGCAGCAUCAGCCUGGCCCUGCCGCUGCUCACCAUCCCCAUGGCCUUUUCGCUGGAGAGACAGUUCCGGAGCCAGACUUUCAACAAACUGCCCCAGCGGACCGCCAAGCUCAACCUCCUGCUGGGGCUGUUCUAUGUCUUCGGCAUCAUUCUGGCACCGGCGGGCAGUCUGCCCCGCCUCUGAGGGGACCGAGGAGCUGCUCCGUCGCCCUGCGCCCCUGGGCGUGCGUGUCUCCUGGGCAGGCCGAGCGUCUCAGGGGAGAAGGCGAUUUGAGAAUGAGGGGCCUAAGGGUGGCUUGUGAACGCCCACCUUUUUUAAAUUAUUAAGUUCUUAAAGAUAACGUUUUUGUUUUUGUUUUGUUCUGUUUCACGGUGAAUCUUAAAGCCACUCUGGUGUCAGCUGGUGAGCUGGCUGCUUGGCCCUUGUUUUAUUGAUGCUUUCCACUAGAGGGUGCUGUCGGGUCACUUUAAAGUGGACUAGAGGGCCCUGAGACUGGGGAGGAGCCACCUGAGCUGGCCUGCAGUCUCCAAAGGGCAGCAGUAACCUGGCCACAUGUCCCCCUGUUAUCUUGGUCCUGAAGGGUAUGGUAAUGACUGGUGUCAGGCCCCGUGAUCCCGAGAGCACCUGUCUCUUGCUCUGAGCCACUGCCUGAGAGGGUCCCUCAUUAACAGCCGAACUUGGCUGCCGGCUAUUUGCCCAAAUUGUGAUGCAGGGACUUUUGUCCUUCAUUUCCGCUUUCUCUUCCUGCCACAGUCAAGGAAGAAUGUCAGAUCACCCUGCAGCCAUACAAUCAAGCUAGUGACUGGCAAGGAAAAAAAAAAAAACCCACCCCUGGGGCAGCUGAGAAAAUCAUGCUCCGGGAUAGAAGUCGGGCGUUCCCCCUUGUAGAGCCCGCUGGGGUCGCGGGAGGACUCCCAGCCCUCUCAGUAACCACGGGGAGCCCUGGAGUUGUGGAGACGCUGCCCUCCCCGCCAGCUGCGUUCAGCCCACAAGGUGUCUUGGUGCCCCGCCCCCGCCGCCUCCCCCAGCGCCCCC